AUGGAGGUAACCAGAGAUGACUACGAGAAGGACGACUCCAAGCUCUUGAAGGAUAUCGUCGAGGCUAUCAAGACAGCGCAAUUCGUUGCCAUUGACCUGGAGUUCUCGGGUGUGCAGCGGAAAACAAAUGUUCUCGGAAGAAAACAGAACAUCCGCGAGCGAUAUCUCCAGCUGAAGGAGGGAGCAGAAAAGUAUCAAGUGCUGCAGUUCGGAAUCUGCACCGUCCAAUACGAUGAGACUGAAGCAACUUACAUCUGUCGACCGUACACCUUCCCACUCUGUCCGGUCACGGAUCCGAAGUGGCAGAUGGAACGGGAGUACACGUAUCAGUCCAGCGCGAUAAAAUUCUUAUCGGACAACCAUUUCGAUUUCAACUUGCUGUUCUCUAGCGGAGUGCGGUACCUCAGCCACGAGGAAGAGAAAUAUGUACGGGACAAAGAAGAGAAAGCCAUCGGGGGCAUCAUGGAAGAUAUCCACAUCGAGGAGUCGCAGGAAGAAUUUCUCAAGUCGGUCGUCAACGAGCUGCAAGCGUGGAUUGAUGAUCCAAAUCCAGAGUACGACUUCAUCAACAUCACUGGACCGAAUAACGAGAUCAACGGGUACCAGAAACGCCUGGUUCACCAGGUUGUCCGUGCAAAGUUCCCGGAACUGGUCACUAUGAGUCGCAGCAAGUUCAUCCAGGUGAUCAAGAGAGACGAUGAGCAAGAAGCCACAGUCCUCAAGGAACGCAAGGAACGAUCCGACUACAACAUUAAGAAGGGUAUCGGCCUACGGUAUGUGUUUGAUGCUUUGAAAGAACGCAAGGUUCCCAUUGUUGGACACAACCUCUUUGGCGAUCUAAUUCAUCUCUACCGCACCUUUGUUGGAGCCCUACCACCAACAGUUGAGGACUUUGCGGCGAAAAUCCAUGAGGACUUUCCUGUAGUUUGCGACACCAAGUACAUCGCAACCUGUGAAGGACACCAGUCUGGGGCUGCUUCUAACCUGCAGACGUUGUCCGAUACGCUCAACGCCCUUCUAUAUCCCUCAAUCUCAUUGCACCUGGAUCACCAGAUGGGCGCCAACGUCGACCACAAUGCCGGCUACGACAGUUUCGUCACCGCCAAAGUCCUUCUGAAGCUGAUCACCAGCUACCAAUCUCGUCUCGGCGAGGGCAAGGAACCGGCAGCGGAAAAGAAGGCCCGCGAGGGUAUGGUCGAGUUCAUCAACUUGAUGGGCCAGUACGAUCCCGCGCAUUCUGACCAAGCUGCGGCCCAGGGCGAUGAACUUCUCCUGCCGCCUUUUGACUCACGGGUGUGGAAUGGCUUGAAGAAUCGCCUGCGUGUCAAUGGAACCGAGGAAUGCGUGGUCGUUUUGGAUACGAUAGAUGAGGACGGUGGAGUCAAGUUGCUCCUUUAG